AUGGUGAUGACGACCACGCCGUGUGGAACAUCGAGCCUUGCACGGGACGAGGCCGCAUACAUAGGUGAGCUGAGACAGGUACAACGGAGUUGGCUCGAAAGAUUUUGGAAUAGAUUCACGGGGAUCCUGUUCUGGACCCAGCGGGAAGAAGAUCCCCUCAUCGUCGGGGGAUCCCCCGCUGCCAUCACGGAAGCUCCGUUCAUGGCCUUCGUAUCCUCCAGUUUCCCUAAGCAGGGGAUGAAGAAGUUGAAUGUUGGGUGUAGUGCCUCCAUCAUCAGCGAACAGUGGAUCCUUACGGCAGCUCAAUGCCUCUACGACGAAAGAGGGAACUUCGCCACUAAGGUAACUGUCCAUGUGGGAAGUGCAGAUUCGACGUCGGGAACUGCGGAUCAGCCGUCUGGAACUGACGCGAAAGCAGACAGAUGGAUACCUCAUCCAAACUACAGCAGAGAUGACAAUACGAGAAACUAUGACGUGGCCUUGAUACAUUUACGCAAGAGUCUGAAGCUUGACAGUACCAUGCAGCCGAUUUGCUACCCGCAGUCGGAUGACGUCCUGGGAACGAGCAUCUCUUUGUGCGACCAGAAGGCCUAUGGUUGGGGAUACCUCCAGACCACCGACCAAUCUAUUUCCACCAUCUUGCAAAAGUUGAGCGUUCAAGUGACGCCGGUUACCAGUGAAUGUACUACCUACACCGAUGGGAGAAUCAUCUGUGUGAAAGGCGUCCCACCGUCCAGCGGGAUUUGCUUCGGAGACGGCGGUGGCCCCCUGGUGGUGAGAUACAAUAGUCGUGCCUAUGUUACCGGGAUCGCCUCCUUCGUCCAAAACAAUACAUGCGCGGCUGCUCCUGCUGGCUACACCAGAGCAUCUACGUACGCCUCAUGGGUCAAGUCCACUAUCGGCGCUUGACGGAGUCGCAAAGAGGAAAGGAUGCUGACUUUCAGGUGGAUGUCCGAUUUCGGGAUGAUUUCUUUUUCAUAUUCAUGCAAGGAGUGAAGGGAGUGUCUGGGUUUUACACUUCCACUCUACAUUCAUGUAUAUUAUCAUGCGCAUGCUCGAACUCUUCCCUGAGUAUCUUGUUUCCGCACGAGAAACAUUUCUUGUGGCUUUGGAUGAAGGCCAAGAUCGGAGAGGAGUAUGAAUGAGAAGUGUGGCUUGGAAACGUCCGAUCGUGGGACUGGUGGCGGAUUUUAAUGUUUUCAGAAAGAUUGAAUGUAUGAGUUUCAUGCUUCUCGUUCAUUAUUCACAUGUCAAUGGC